AUGCCUUUCUUUCACUUCAUCGAUGUCGGGAUCCACGUCGACGGCGCGCCACUGGCAGAAUAUCCUGAUCCAGAUGGUGGGCGCGAGUUCGGCCGCAGAAUCACGCGCUAUAUCGAAGUGAAAGCGGGUCAGAAAUUCGAGGUGAUUGUCAAGUUGCUUCCUGGGUUCAACUUCCAGUCUGCCUCGCACGUUCGCGCCAUUCUUCGCAUCGACCAGGAGCCACGGCAAACGACUAAGACGAUCAGAGGCUACCCAAACUGCCCAGCUGGUCAAGACAUCCUGCGGACACCGAGACAGUGUAAAAUUGAGAGCCGCUUGAUGCGAGAUGAGGCGACUGGAAACUGGUUUACCUAUGCCCUGGAGUUCGGAGAUCUGAACAUUAAAGAAGACCCCUCUCUCCUCAAAGGUUCCUUCCCAAGCGACAUCGACUCGUUGGGUUCUCUCCGUGUGACUGUCUUUCGCGCCAACAGGUUCAAGCGAGAGGAUCCCUAUAUAUACAGAGCGGGUUUGACGAAGCCUCUGGACGAGAUCCCAGAAACAGCCUUGAAGGGGAGAGAUAUCAAGAACAACGUCAAAUACGUUGUGAAGGCACAAGUCCCACCGCCGCCGCUAGGUUUCUCCAAGUACGUUCCACUCGAGGGUGAGCAUGGUGGAUUGUACGAGUUCGUCUUUCUCUACCGAAACAGACAAAUCCUCCAGAGUCUCGGAUGCAUCCCACGAACCCCUUCGCCUCCUCCAGACCCUGUCGUCAUGCUUGAACGCACAGAAGAGGUGCUCAGAGCAACAAAAGAGAGCGCCCGAGCAAGAAUCUUAGAGUUAGAGGCGAGACUGGCUAAAGCAGAGGCUGGUCAAAACGACAACAAGGAUAGCGGCACAAGUGGCAAUCCAGCAAAGCGAACGCAAGAGCAGGCAAAGCUUGAGGACGACGAUGAACUGCUCGUUCUGCCACAACCUCCUGCAAAGCGCAAAGUCGUCAUUGACCUCACCGAUGAAUGAUGCCCAUGGUCUCAACUCAAGGACCGACGGAGAUUGUGGUGUUUGCUUAUGAUCAGCUGGCACCACAUGUUCAAAGAGCGCACUUGCCGCGUGUCAGAAGGAUGUGACCGUUCAAAAUGCCUUAGCAGAGCUCAUCAAGAUCGGCGGGAGAUGGAUGAUCCAAGAUACCGC